GAGUUGUCGCAAGAACUCUCGAAUUUGGAAGAGCAUGUUGUGAGGUCCAGUAAUUGGCUGGGCACGUUGCAAAGCACACUUGUGAAGGUCAGCAAAGGUGACCUACUACUCAGGCAAGCCGAGGUCGCUAUGGACCUGCUUGCAGGCUCCGGCCACAUGCUAGAGGUGCAAUUCGAUGGAGAGACCGGUUUUGGCAGCGCGGUCACACAGUCUUUCUAUGUCGAGGUGAGCAUGGCCUUGCAAGAUCGAGAAAUGAAUCGCCAGCUUCCUCUCUGGGUGGAGGACGACGGCUCCUCAUGCACGCCUUAUCUCCUUAGCCGUCGCGGACUUUUGAUCCGACCGCUGCCCGAGGGCGCGCUCAGGGAGGCAGCCUGCCAGAGGUUCCGCUUCUUGGGGCGCUUGAUGGGCCACGCCCUUCGGGAUGGCUUCAUUGCGCCGUUGCCUUUGACAGAGGAGUUUUUCUCCUUGGUCCUUGGCCACAGCCUAGGCCGGAAACAUCUCCCGCGCCCGGGCGCUGGCGUGGCCGGCGAACUCCUAGGUGCUCUGGCGAAAUUUGCCGAGCACAUCUCGCACGGACAGAAGGAGGGGAGAGGAGAUGCUUGGUGCCAGGAAGAGGCAGCGAGACCAGACUUUACAAGUCGGUUCUUGGCUUCCGACCCAGGCAGUGCUGGCAUCGACAGCAAAGUGGAAGAGACGGAAUCGCUUGGCCAGCAGCUGUCACUAGAUGACUACUUGAAAUUGCUGGGCGUUAGCUUCCUCGAAACAGGGCUGAGUGGCGCAUCCUUGCGCCCCGGCGGCGAGAACAUUCCGGUCACACUGGAUAAUCUCGACGAGUUCCUGGACCAGGUCACGACCUUUUGGUUCGACACCGGAAUCCGGGCCCAGGUGGAUGCAUUCCGAGCAGGCCUCAAUGAGAUUUUGCCUGUUCAAUGCCUAGCAGCCUUUAGACCAGCAGAGCUCCGACAGAUGUUCUGCGGGGAGGACCGCGUCGAGUGGGAUGAGAGGGCUUUGCUAAAGCAUCUCCGUCCUGCCGGUGGUCUCUCAGGCGGCUCACAGCUUUUCACUCACCUCGUUUCUGUCCUGCUCGAGAUGGACCAGGCCAACCGAGCUCGAUUUUUAGAUUUUGUCUCGUCUUGCCCGAGGCUUCCCCCAGGUGGAAUUGCAAACUUCCACCUGGACGUCUUCCCAGAUCCGCAAACUGGUUCCAGGAAGGGGUUCCCCCGUUCGCGGGCCUGCGCAAAUCAGUUGUACUUGCCGCCCUACUCCUCGAAAGAGGAAUUGCGGGAAAGAUUGUUCGAGGCCAUGCAUUGUUCCGUGGGCCACCAUGAGCAGAAGAUGCGAGACGCCUGA